UUUCAAGGUUGAAGCCUUCUAUGUUUUCAAGGGCUUAUGCAAAGGGCAAUGCAUCCCUAAGCCUCCUGCAACUUUUUAGAGCUAGAUCUACUCACAACAUAUCAAUUCCAGCAUAUCUAAUCCAAUCAGCAACUAGACCUGACAUUGUGUGGAUAGAAAUAAAAGAUGGUACAUCAGAGACAAGACGAGAAGACACAUACUGGAAGGGUAUACUCGAUAGCAUAGGUAAUGAAGUAGCUAAUGAGGUGAGGGGGACUCCGUAUUCAGACUUGAAAAUUGUGCUCUCUGGAUCAUCAAUGGUAGAAAGUUUAGGAUCACACGUAUGUGCAUAUCAAGAUCUUGAAUGCACCAAUGCCAAUACUCUCUCUAUUUACACAACAAUGGAACUAGGAGAGGGAGAAUUGUGUACUGGUAAUAAUGGAUAUAAUAAACCAUUUGCUGAAAAGAUAGUUGAUAUAGUACAGGAAAUUACUAGUAAUCAUUUGGUGGGAGAGACCUAUGUUAAAAUCAAAUAUGAAGCAAUAAUUGAAAAAUUAAAAAAAUAUAAGAAAUCUGCACCUGAAUUAGUCUCGCCCCGCCCGGCGAGACUACACCUGAAUGAGUUACAUAAACCAUGAGAACAAUAGAAUACUGCUAAUGUAAAGGUUGGGGAACUGCUGAUCUUGAUGGCUGAUGUCAAUGAAUUAUGGUGAAGCAUGCAGCCAUUAUGAAUGAGGUUAAGGGCGGGGCUGAAGAUGCACAGCAGGCUAAGGGCGGGGCUGGUGUCAACAUGGCACAAAUUGCUUUUCUGUUAUUUCUUGUUUUUGCCACAACAGUACCAGAAUCAUGUUCAGCAUGCUUGCAAACCACAACCUCUGUCGCUAAUGUUAGCAUGGUGUCAUUUUACACCAACACAACUUGCUGUGGAUUUUUGUGCUGGUUUACAUGCGAUGCAGGAGAAAGUCACAUAAUAUACGUGUCCCAGUACAUAAUGUCAUACAAGUGCUGCCCUGGGUAUGGACCUGGAUAUCCUACCUGUAACCCAAUAUGCAAUGAUACAUGUGAUGAGAAUAUGGUCUGCUCAGCUCCUGACACCUGCACAUGUGGACCAGGAUGGACUGGGGAAGACUGUGAUAUUGAUAUCAAUGAAUGUGAGGAACAACAAGACAAUUGUGAAGACAGGUGCAUCAACAUUGAUGGAUUAUUUCUUUGCUCUUGUUUUGAUAAAAAUGAUAUAAUAUCUCGUGAUGGACUCCGUUGCUUGAGUUCUGUUACAAAUAUUACUGUAAUUCCUGGCAGUAGAUCACUUACAUUGUCAUGGAUACUACCAUUUGAUUAUGAAGAUGAUGGUAAUUUCACUGGACUCUCAAUCAUAUGCAACAAAAAGGAGGAACAGUACUCUAUUGAGUCUGCUAUUAUUGGUCCUAAAACUAAUGGCACAGUGCAUUCCUUCACUCCAUUCACUAAUUAUACUUGCUGUAUCACUCCAGAAUGGGGCUUGGACAUUGGUCCUACAAACUGUACUGAUUCAAUGACAAUGCAAGAUGCACCAGAUGAUUCUCCACACAAUGUCAGUCUAAUAUCACUCAGCUCCAGUGAAAUGUUAUUGCAAUGGACGCCCCCACUGAUUAAAAAUGGGAUCAUUGAUUACUACACUCUUCAUAUUGACUAUACUAAUGGGAGUGAAGUUUCAGCUACAACUAUUAACAGUCAUUAUAAUCAGUAUAUACUCCAAUGGUUGUCACCUUACCAGUCAGUGGGAGUAAGUCUUUCAGCUACAACUAGAGGUGGAGAAGGACCUUACUCAAGCUAUAUUUAUAAUAGGACAAAUGAAGGAGUGCCUGGUCCUGUUCAAAACAUUAAUGUCCAAGUCCUGCUAAAUACAACAGUUAAAAUAACAUGGAAUGAGCCAUUACUCCCUAAUGGUAUCAUAACUGACUAUGAUUUGCAAGUCAGUAGUCUAACAAGUGACAGCAGGUUUGCAACAAAUAAGAGAAUACUCCUUGGAGAUCCUUUAUUAGCUUAUAUAACAGACCUUGAACCAUAUGUGCCCUAUUCAGUCAAUAUCACUGCUAAGACUAGUGUUGGUAAAGGUGCUACAGCUACUAAGAUAUUCUAUACAGAAGAAACAACUCCUAGUGUUAGUCCUCAAAUAGUCUCUGCAUACAAGGAUACUCCUGUAUCUAUACAUAUUAGCUGGUUAGAACUAAGCUUGAAAGAAAGCCGGGGCUUUGUAACAAACUAUACAAUAAUGAUCUCAAUCUCCAUCGAUUAUUGUAAUAUUACUGUAUCAGAGCAGAAAGCAAUGGUAGCCAAAGAGAGGAUUUCAUACACAUUCUCACAGUUAGAGCCAUCAAAAAAUUAUUGUAUCUCAAUUUCUGCUUCUACUGUUGCUGGUGAAGGAAAAGUAUCACCACUCUUACUUGUUAACGUGUAUGAGCACAGUAAAGUAGUACUUUACUUGAAAGGAGUAGCAAACUGUUCAGAAUGGACUCAAAGUAAUACUCAAACCAAAUUAUCCAAACUUGAUGAAACGCUGCUUCACUACCUUCUGCUCCAUUGCAAUUGCCCUAUUGAUCAAAACUACAUAUUUGACAGUCACUUUGAGCUCUGCAGUAAUGACAACAGCACACUCAUUGGAUACAGAACAGCUUUAAUCGGCACUGUGUCAGUCAACAGCACUGAACUAGUUGAAACAGUCAAAAAAUGGGUAGCCACCAAUCCAAAAAUUGUCGUUGAUGGACUACAACUUGAAAUAUUGUCAGUGUGUAGGUUUUAUACUGAUGAGUCUCAAUGCCAGCUUCACGAAACACCUACUGGUUAUCCCACAUUGCUUGGUGUAGACUCAAAUACAAGUCAAUACACAGCCAUUGGAGUAACUGCAGGGCUUUUAGUACUUGGAAUGCUGGUGUUCACUAUAAUUACUGUAACUUUAGUGUGCUUUUGGAUGCGUAGAAAAACCAGGAGGUUGAAAAGAAAAUAUCAUCAUGUACGAGAAGGUAACGAUGAAGAGAAUGAUGAUCCAAAUUAUAUAAAACUAAGACGUCCAAAGAAACAUAGAAAUCUAAAUCUAACAAAAGAAACUGCAAUAUAAUUCAUUGCUACUAUGUUCUUAUUGCAUUCCCUAUUAAUUUUGUUUAAAAAUUUUGU